AUGCAUAUUUCCUCAACGACCCUCGUAUCGGCUUUAUUGUUAGCUGCGAGUAACGUAGCUGCUCAACAGUUUACUACUACCUACCCUUGGGCUAAUGGUGAUACCGUAGUUUUAUCGACUGGUACCAACGCCUUGGGAGUAGCUACCACGCGUACUAUUCAAACUCUCACCGGAACAGCUACCACCACUGCUAGAACUACCGCUACUACCACUACUGCUGCCGACGAUGAUGAUGACGACGAGGAGACUACUACUACUACGGGGAAAACUACUACCACACAACGAGUCGUUGGCAAUACCCCCACAACUACCGCCGCACCUAUGCGAACUACCACCUACUGGCUGGAUCCAGGAGAUGGAGUUUACACAGUUUACACCUGGACUGCACCUACCACAGCUUUACCUACAGUAGCUACCGCCAACGUGCCAGCCGGUACCAUCCAAGACUACAACGAGUACCAAUCUGCCGUCAACUCGGUCGUGCUUGAGUCUGCGGAAGCGGCAGUAGCCAAUGGAUCCUCAAGUGGUGGUUUGCCAAGAAGACAGAUUGUAGGUAUGGACGCGUUGACGGGUGCUUGGACGACUAUGGUCUUGGGUGCUGUUGGCGCUGGUAUAGGUGUAUUCAUGCUUUAA